CGUUACAUGUUACAUGUGACCAUCACGGUCACCACAAACAAAGCCGCCCGGGUAGCCAAGGUCCUUUCAAGUUCUCAACUUGUCCUUGACUUGUCAUCCUUGAAAGCAAUCGAACGGACUAUAUCAUUUUCAGGAAACGACCCUCUUCAUUUUGGCAGACUUGUUCUUCAACAUUAUCACAAUCAAAUCUCAACAGUUCGCCAUACACGCUGGCCAGAUCACAUUCCUCUCACCGACUGUUUUUCUCUUAGCUCGCUCUUCUAAUUCAUCAUGGGCAACUGUGUAUCAUCAGCAUCGGACAGGGAAGAGAAGGCUAGGUCAGAUGCUAUUGACCGUCAGAUAGAAGAGGACUCCAGGAAGUUUAGGAAGGAAUGUAAGAUACUUCUUCUCGGAUCCGGUGAAUCCGGAAAGUCAACGAUAGUCAAGCAGAUGAAAAUCAUUCAUCAGAAUGGCUUCACCAAGAACGAACUCAUGACGUUCCGUCCGACAAUAUAUCGGAAUACCCUCGACUCCGCGCAAGCCAUUGUCUUACAAAUGCGUAACAUGAAUGUGGAGUGUGUAACACCUGCGAAUCGGACAUUCGCCGAACAAAUCGUCGGUUACAGGGUUGAAAACACUCCCGAUUUUGUUUUCUCCGUCGAAAUUGCACAUGCCAUUCAUGAACUAUGGCAAGAUCCUAUCAUUUCCAAAGUGAUGGACUGUUCCAGCCAAUUCUAUCUUAUGGACUCGGCUAGCUAUUUCUUUACGGAAGUGCUUCGUAUAGGUACUCCCGACUAUACACCAACAGAAAAUGAUGUACUACGAGCUCGAGCGAAGACAACCGGCAUCACCGAAACGCGGUUUAACAUGGGACAGCUCUCCAUCCAUAUGUUCGACGUCGGCGGCCAGCGCUCCGAACGAAAGAAAUGGAUACAUUGUUUUGAAUCCGUAACAAGUAUCAUUUUCUGCACAGCAUUAUCGGAAUACGACCAAGUACUAUUGGAAGAGAAGAACCAGAAUCGUAUGCAGGAAUCACUUAUCCUAUUUGAGUCUGUCAUCAACUCCCGCUGGUUCCUGAGAACUUCCAUCAUAUUAUUUUUGAACAAGAUAGAUGUCUUCAAGAACAAGCUACCAAAGGUACCAAUUGAGAAGUACUUCCCAGAAUACACAGGUGGCGCAGAUAUCAACAAAGCGGCAAAAUAUAUUCUAUGGAAGUUCAUGCAAGCCAAUCGGGCGCGCCUAAGUGUGUACCCACACUUAACACAAGCCACUGAUACGACGAAUAUCAGACUCGUCUUCGCUGCGGUCAAGGAGACUAUCCUACAGAACGCUCUCAAAGACUCGGGCAUCCUGUGACGUCUCCCUUUCCUGGUUUCUUGUUCUUAUCUAUCCCUCGCAUAUAUAUCUGGAACGCCUGGUUAUUCUCUAGCAUGUUAUCAUCUUAUCUAGCAUACCAUCAAUUAUUCAUCAUUACCCUGACUGUUUGCGAGAUUGAUCUGCAUGUGCCCCCUUUCGCCUUUACGGCACUGCACCACAUUUGCUUGAUCUGGUUGAUUUUAACUUGCUAUAUAGCGGUUGCAGCCAUUAGCGACCCUUGUCUUGUGUGCAACUCUCUGUAUACACUGAUACGCCCUUGAUCGCGUACACAAAAGCUUUUGUACUUGUUACCUGUAGUGCGCAAUACCAUGAUCAUGCCAGGCAGAUAUUACA